AUGACAAGUACAGACAGAAAGUAUUGGCUUAUGAAGGCCGAGCCAGAUUCGCGUAUCGUAAAGGGCAAAGAUGUCAAGUUUAGCGUGGAUGAUUUCGAAGCUGUAAGAACGACGCCAUGGGAAGGAGUACGGAAUUUCGAAGCGCGCAACUUGAUGAAGGAGAUGUCCCUUGGAGAUAAGAUUUUAUUCUAUCAUUCCAACUGUAAAAAUCCUGGCAUCGCUGGGUUUGCUGAGGUGUCGAAGGAAGCAUAUCCCGACUACACGGCCUGGGAUAGCUCUCACCCCUACUUCGAUCCGAAAACUAAGCGAGAUGAUCCGAAGUGGUUCAUGAUAGAUGCCACAUUCCUAUCGCGCGCUGAACAUUUUGUUCCGCUAUCCCUUCUCCGUCAUAUUGCAGACUCGGACCCACCGGAUGAAAUCGCGUAUAUAGGCACGGAGGGAGUCAAAGCUAUGAAAGCGAUGCCCCUGGUCACACGCGGACGGCUGAGCGUCCAGCGGGUCAGUGAGGAAUGUUGGGGGAUCAUCCAGAUGAUGACAGAAAAAGGUGGUUGGGAGGGGAUGACUUUUGGGAAGACAAAAUCAGGUACAUCGAAUCGUCCGAGACAACCCACAAAGAAUUCUCGGGCUAUCCAGAAGAAAACUCCAACGCGCGACAACGGUGGCGACGAAGUCGAGGCAGAGGUUGGUGCCGAUGACGAAGCCGAGGUCAAACCAAAGAAAGGCAAGAAAAGGAAAGCAUCUGAUAUUGACACUGAAACGCAGGAGGUACCCCGCCGACGUUCCCUGCGGACCAAGGAGGCUUGA